AAAAAAAAAAAAAAAAAUCAGCUCUUGCAUGAACUCACAGAGCCAGAACUCACUCAGUACCUGGAGGACGACAUGGAGACAUUAACGAUAGAUCCACCCCCAUGACCCAGACUCGUCCCACUAUGCCCACCUCCAGCACUGGUGGUCACAGUUCAACGUGAGAUUUGGAGGGGACAAGCAUCCAAACUGUAUCACCCCUCAACCCCUCAACUGCACCUGGUUUGCUCCGGUUUUCCAGAUUUUGACUGAAAUGUCCUCUUCCCAGCAAAGCCGUGUGGACCACCCAGGUUAAAGCAGCCACCUGGUGCUGGCCUGUGUAGCCCAAUUCCAGUUCUCCAGGGUGCUCAUCACUCUGUGGCAGUUUCUCUUCUGGUUUGUGAGAGAAAAAUAAAUCUUGGGGCUCCAAAAUCACUAAAGGGAAAAGUCAAGCUGAGAACUGCUUAGGGCAAACCUGCCUCCCCUUCUAGUCAAAGUCACCCCUUUGCUCACUGACAUAAAUGCAUAUCUGUUUGUCUCCUUUGGAGAGGCUCAUCUCAAACUCAAAAGAAGGCAAUCAUUUGUCUCUUACCUACCUAUGACCUGGAAGCCCCCUCCUGCUUCAAGUUGUCCCACCUUUCUGGACUGAACCAAUGUACAUCUCACAUAUGUUGAUUGAUGACUUGUAUCUCCCUAAAAUGUAUAAAACCAGACUGUGCUCUGUCCACCUUGGGCACAUGUCAUUGGGACCUCCUGAGACUGGGUCACGGGCAUGCAUCCUCAACCUCGGCAAAAAUAAACGUUCUAGUUGGCUCCGGAUCGUGUGUGAGGCGGAUUCGUGGGCAGCGAGAGUCACAUUCAAGACAGCAAGCAGGAUGGAGCACUACCGGAAAGCUGGUUCUGUAGAGCUCCCAGCACCUUCCCCAAUGCCCCAGCUACCUCCUGAUACCCUUGAGAUGCGGGUCCGAGAUGGCAGCAAAAUUCGCAACCUUCUGGGACUGGCUCUGGGUGGGUUGGAGGGCGGCAGUGCACGGCAUGUGGUGUUCUCAGGUUCUGGCAGGGCUGCAGGAAAGGCUGUCAGCUGCGCUGAGAUUGUCAAGUGGAGGGUCCCAGGCCUGCACCAGCUCACGAAGCUACGUUUCCUGCAGACUGAGGACAGCUGGGUCCCAGCCUCACCUGACACAGGGCUAGACCCCCUCACAGUGCGCCGCCAUGUGCCUGCAGUGUGGGUACUGCUCAGCCAGGACCCCCUGGACCCCAAUGAGUGUGGCUACCAACCCCCAAGGGCACCCCCUGGCCUGGGUUCCAUGCCCAGCUCCAGCUGUGGCCCUCGUUCCCGAAGAAGGGCUCGAGACACCCGAUCGUGAAGACCUGCUGAGCCAGCCUGUUCUCCAGGCCUGAAUGUCUGGGAUGCUUGUGCCUUUUCUGAGAAGCCCUGUGACUGCGCAAAUCCCCAUCAAGGUUUGAGUCCAUGCUUUCCCUUCCCUCUAGCAUGUGGGAAGGGACUGCUGUGAAGAGUGACAGGUGUGGGGCCUCUGCCAAGUUCCGCGUUGCUCAAUAAGGGCUUACUCUGCCUUCUACCUACAAUGCAUCUGAACUGCCUUCUGAAAGAGGUCCAGGGAGGGAUUUAGGAAAUAAAGUUUCUACCUAUUUGA